AUGCCGAGAGAGGAAAAAGAGAAAGAUAGGAAAGAAAGGUUAGAGCGUGAGGAACGAGACCGAAAAGAGAGGUCAGAACGUGAGGAACGAGACCGAAAAGAGAAGUCAGAACGUGAAGAACGAGACCGAAAAGAGCGGUUAGAACGGGAAGAGCGUGAAUAUAAGUUAAAGAAGAAUGAAAGAAAGAGUAAAGGAGAGGAAUCUAAUUUCUCUUGUUGUGAUAUAAAUGCUGAGUCAGCUGGUGGUGUUGAUGGUUUCAAACCAUUCUGCUUUGACGGCGUUUUGGUUGCUGGUGAUGAACAUAGUAAGGGUGUUGUUGGUGAUAUCAUUGUGGGUAUUGUCGAGUCUCUUCCGAUUCCUGGCGUAGAUGUUCUUGUUGGAAAUGAUGCUGCAGGUAAUCGUGUGGUACCGGACCCAGUGCCUUUGUUUAAGAAUGCAUUGACAGAGAAGGAGAGUAUGGCAGAAUCUACAUGUUACUACUUAAAAGCUGGGAGUGCUAAUGAGGAAAUAUAG